AUGGCAGGCAAGCGGAAGGUUGAGGCGGUACUGCUCGGGUUCAGCGACGGCGACAUGGCAGCGUCGGAUGACACAGACGCGUUCACAUGCAAGCUGGGCGGCAAGCCCGUCUGGCUGGACACGGCAUCGGCGAUCCCGUCGCAGACAUCAACGGCGGUCUGCCAGCAGUGCGGGUCAGGCAUGAUCCAGCUCCUCCAGGCGUAUGUGCCGUUGAACGACUCUGCCUACGACCGGGUCUUGUACGUGUGGGCGUGCAACCGACGCGAGUGCUCAGGCAAGGCAGGGGCAGCGCGGGCGGUACGCGGGCACGUGCUGAACCGCGAGUACGCAAUGAAGCUGAUCCGCAGCGCCAAGGCGAACAAGCCAAAGCAGAGCGCAUUCGGCUCCGGACCGUUCGGCUCCGGCAAGGUGGAUUUCGGCAGCGUGUGGAAGACAAACGCAGCAGAAACCAGCGCGCCGAUGUUCUCGGGCCCGCUGUUUGGCAGCACUGCCCGGACGGAGCUGGCAGACGAUCUGGCAGACGAUCUGGCAGUGCUGGAGAUUGACGGGGGCGAGCGCAUCGAAUGGGUUGAUGUGGUGCAGGUGCCGGCCCAGUAUCUGGCCAUAGACGAGGAAGUGCUGGAGACGCCGGCAGCGGACGAGCAGGACAUGCAGAUGGAGCAGGCGGCGCUGGGGGAUGACGUGGGCGGCGAGCAGUGGAGCGGCGAGCAGUACGAGCGGACGGUGCGGCCGCAGGGCACGGACGCGGCGUUCGAGCGGUUCGUGGAGACGGUCGCAAAGAACCCGGCGCAGACAAUCCGGUACCAGUUCGGCGGCUCGCCGCUAUUCUACAGCUUCCAGGACGGCACGGCGCAGAUGCUGGGGCCGACCGCCCACGAGGACUCGGACGACGAGGACGCUGUGCCGCGCCGGUACUCGACCGACCGGCUGCCAAGGUGCCAGCACUGCAGUGGGCGGCGGGUGUUUGAGUGCCAGCUUAUGCCGGCGCUGCUGACGGUGUUGCCGCUGGCCGCGCACGUAAAGGGGCAGGGCAAGACGGAGAUGGACGCAAAGUGGUUCGGAACCAUGAUGGUGUUUUCGUGCGAGAACGACUGCCAUGGAGGCCGCACCGGCACGCAGUACCUGGGCAACAACGGCGCCAACAUGGACCGCUAUGCAGCCCCCGCCUACUACGAGGAAUGCGUGCUGUCGUCAUCGCCGCCCUCCUUGCGUACAUUGCACGGCCAGUCGCCCGGCAGCCGGCGCCGGCCAGUGCUGCGCGACGGCAUAGACAUGGCAGCAUAUGCGCCAAACGAGCCCAAGCCGGUGCGGGCGGCGUUUGUGGUGCUGGUACGCAACAGCGAGCUGGUGGGGAUGAAGCGGGCGAUGCGGCAGAUCGAGGACCGGUUCAACCACGCAUUCAACUACCCGUACGUGUUCCUGAACGACGUGGCCUUCACCGACGAGUUCAUGGCUGAGACGACGGCAAUGACCAAGGCCAACACCACAUACGGCGUGAUCCCGCAUGCGCACUGGUCGUACCCCGAACAAAUGCACGCUGCUGGGGUGUUCUAUGCGCUGAGCGAGAGCUACCGCCACAUGUGCCGGUUCAACAGCGGCUUCUUCUUCCGCCACCCGCUGCUGGACGACCUGGACUACUACUGGCGCAUCGAGCCCGACGUCGAGUACUCGUGCGACAUUUCCUACGACCCGUUCCUGUUUAUGCACCGCAACAACAUAAAGUACGGCUACACCAUUGCCCUGCACGAGUACCCCGAGACCAUCCCCACCCUGUGGGCCACGGUCAAGCAGUUCAUUGCCCAGCACCCGCACUUUGUCCGCCACAAGCCGGGCUUCCGCUGGCUGUCGGACGACGGCGGCGAGACGAUACAACGGCUGCCACUUUUGUACCUGGAGUACUUUGACUUCCUCGACAGGGCGGGCGGCUUCUUCUACGAGCGCUGGGGCGAUGCCCCCGUGCAUGCCAUUGCCGCCGCGCUGAUGCUGCAGAAGGACGAGAAAAGCGCCGUCCACCACUACUGGGCGUCGUGCACCAAGGACUGGCUGGCGCUGCCCGACGCCAAUGCCACCGAGCCCGACACCAAUGCUAUCGAGCCUGACACCAAUUCUAUCGAGCCCGAGUCGAGCUGAUCCAGAUAGUUCCAUCCUGAUACACAAUAUAUUCCAAAU